AAAAUUGUACAAAAAAAAAAGGUCUAUGGCAAAACUGUACCAAAAAAAGGUCUUCUAAUUUUGAGGAAUAAUAUUCCUGAGUUUUAAUUAAACUAAUUUUACUCAUAGAAAUUCGCGUUGACUGACCAGAGUCCGCGAAUUUCUAGUCGUAUCGCCCCAACUAUUACAAUUUCACAAGAACUCAGGUAAAUAAUAAUUAAGUUUGAAUAUUAAACAUUAAUAGUAAAAUAUAUACCAAUUUACAGGAAUUUAAAGUGAAAUAGAAAAUGGCACAAACGUUAACUUUUGGUGACUCAUGCGCGCCGAUAACAUGUCAUGCAUGGAACAAGGAUAGAAGUCAAAUUGCAUUCUCACCAAACAAUAAUGAAGUUCACAUAUACAAGAAGGAAGGAAAUGACUGGAAGCAAACAAACAACCUUGUGGAACACGACCUUAGAGUGAUGGGGAUUGAUUGGGCUCCCAACACCAACCGUAUUGUUACGUGUUCUGUUGACCGUAAUGCUUACGUCUGGACUCAAGGAGAUGAUGGGAAAUGGGCAACUACUCUUGUUCUUCUGCGUAUCAACCGAGCAGCGACUUGCGUGAAAUGGUCUCCCAUGGAGAACAAGUUUGCUGUCGGGUCAGGAGCUAGAUUGAUAUCAAUUUGCUAUUUUGAGAAGGAAAAUAAUUGGUGGGUGUCUAAGCAUAUUAAGAAGCCCAUUCGUUCGACUGUGACAUCUAUUGAUUGGCAUCCCAAUAACAUUUUGCUCGUCGCUGGCUCUGCUGACUUCAAAGUACGAGUCUUCUCUGCCUAUAUCAAGGAUAUCGAAGAUCAGCCUGGACCGAAUGUGUGGGGCUCUAAGUUGCCUUUAGGACAACUGUUAGCAGAGUUUCCCAAUUCGCCUUCAGGUGGCGGUUGGGUCCACAGCGUUUCCUUCUCUGCGGACGGAAAUAAAGUUGCCUGGGUCGCCCACGACAGCUCAAUCAACGUAACCGACGCUACUAAAGGAAGGGCUGUCAUAAAACUAAAGACUGAAUACCUGCCAUUCUUGGGAUGCAGUUGGAUCACCAACAAUUCCCUGAUAGUAGCAGGCCACAGCUGCAUUCCGUUAUUGUACUGCCACGACGGUGACGAUAUUAAGUAUGUCGCCAAACUCGACAAUACUCAGAGGAAGGAGUCUGGGGGACUGUCUGCUAUGAAGAAGUUCCAGUCCUUGGAUCGUCAUGCUCGUAUCGAGACCAGCGAUACAUUCUUGGACUCGAUACACCAGAACGCUAUCUCGUGCAUCAAUAUUUACAAAGGAACUAAAUCGCACACUAACAAGUUCAGUACUUCAGGUCUCGACGGCCAGCUCGUCAUAUGGGACUUGGACACUUUGGAGAGGUCAUUUGAAGGAAUCAAGAUUGUCUAAAUAAAAACUGUUUACGUUAUUUUAUUUAUUUAUUUAUGCAAUUAAUAAUCAGUUUGAAACGAGUUCCGAAGUCACUCAACAAAUAUAUAAAUGGAGAAAGCGGUGAAUAUAUCGCGAUCACAGUCUCAUCAGUCUAGCGUAAAAAUAAAUCAAAGCAAUCCAGAGUGAAUUCAGCUCGUAAAAAUUUAAAACUUUCAAAUAUACAGAACAAACAAUAAAUUAUAGAUACAACUUGUUUUAUUAUUAUACAUUUUUUUUAUACUUUUGACAAAUCAAACAGUUAAUAUAUUUUGUAAAUUAAAGAAUAAGAUUACUACAAUACGCCCUAUAAUUACAAUAGAUCACUUUUAAUACUACUGAAGUACGUUUUGCUGUCAAUAUAACAUUAAAUUUUAUUGAAAUAACGAAA